CUCCUUCCCUCUCUCUCUCUCUCUCUCUCUCUCUCUCUCUCUCUCUUAGCAGCGAAACCCAAAGGAAAGAAAAUGGUGCUGAAAUCAUCGGCGGGAGACUCUCCUUCUUCACCGGUCACGAUCACCGUCUCCUCCGGCGGAAGAAGAAGAAGCAUGGGACUAACGAGCCCCAUCUCGAGGCCUCCGAUUUCCAACAAUCCCAAUUCCCCUCUCUCCAAGAAUCGGAGAUCUUCCAUCAGCGGAGGAGGAGGCAGCCGGUACUGCUCAAUCUCCGACGCCGGCGCCGGUGAAGAGCUCAAUUCCGGUUUCGUAACUUACACGGUCCACAUCCCUCCGACCCCCGACCACCAACCCAUGGCAGCGUCCCAGACCACCAGCCACGUCGAGGAAUCGCGAGAGAAGCCCGACCGGAGCUUCAUCUCCGGCACCAUCUUCACCGGCGGGCUCAAUUCCGUGACCAGGGGCCACGUCAUCGACUUCUCCGCGCCGGACCCGCCGCCGUCGAAAUCUGUGCUGGUCUGCUGGAUGAGGGGGUGCGAUGAGAAGGCCGUCACCAAGGGGAAGUGCGAGUGCGGGUUCAAGAUCUGUCAAGACUGUUACUUGGACUGCGUGGGUUCUAAUGGCGGCGGGAAUUGUCCUGGGUGUAAAGACCCCUACAAGGAUCUUGACGAUUACGAGGAGAAUGAUUACAACUACUACGACGAAGAGGACGAGGAGGAAGAUCAAGCUCUGCCGCUGCCCAAAUUGGACAAAAGGCUUUCAUUGGUGAAAUCUACGAAGCGUAUGAGCCACCCGCCUGAGUUCGAUCACACCAGGUGGCUGUUCGAGACCAAAGGGACUUAUGGGUAUGGUAAUGCUGUGUGGCCUAAAGAUGGGUAUGGCGCCGGAGCUAAUGGAUUUGAGCAUCCCCCAAAUUUCGGUGAGAGGAGUAGCAGACCCUUGACCAGAAAAGUCUCUGUUUCUGCUGCAAUUAUCAGUCCUUACAGGCUGCUCAUUGUGUUCCGCCUGGCAGCACUCGGGUUGUUCCUCACUUGGAGGAUCCGGCACCCGAACCGCCACGCAAUGUGGCUGUGGGCGAUGUCAGUAACUUGCGAGCUCUGGUUUGCACUCUCAUGGAUUCUGGACCAGCUAUACAAGCUUUGCCCAGUCAACAGAGUCACUGAUCUCUCCGUUCUCAAAGAAAGGUUCGAGUCUCCGAAUCUCAGGAACCCAAAAGGAAGGUCCGAUCUCCCUGGAAUCGACGUCUUCGUCUCCACAGCUGACCCUGAAAAGGAACCACCUUUAGUCACUUCAAACACAAUCCUUUCAAUUCUAGCAGUCGACUACCCAGUCGAGAAGCUGGCAUGUUAUCUCUCCGAUGAUGGUGGAUCCCUUUUAACCUUCGAAGCUCUAGCUGAGACUGCUAGCUUUGCCAGAACGUGGGUUCCAUUCUGCAGAAAGCACAAGAUCGAGCCGAGGAAUCCUGAGGCUUACUUUGGGCAGAAGCGGGAUUUCUUGAAGAACAAAGUGAGGCUCGAUUUCGUACGGGAGAGGAGGAGGGUGAAGAGGGAAUAUGAUGAGUUUAAAGUGAGGAUUAACUCCUUGCCUGAGUCGAUUAGGAGGCGAUCGGAUGCCUAUAAUGCUCAUGAGGAGUUGAGAGCCAAGAAGAAGCAAAUGGAAACUGGGGGCGACAAUCCAGCUGCUGAUUCUGUGAAAGUGGCUAAGGCUACUUGGAUGUCUGAUGGGUCUCACUGGCCUGGAACUUGGGCUUCUGGAGAGGCUGACCAUUCUAGAGGAGACCAUGCUGGUAUCAUUCAGGCAAUGCUAGCUCCACCAAAUGCAGAACCAGUUUUUGGGUCACAAGCAGAUGGGGAGAACUUGAUAGACACGACAGAGUUCGACAUCAGAUUGCCGAUGCUGGUCUACGUCUCCCGCGAGAAGAGGCCCGGUUAUGAUCACAACAAGAAGGCAGGAGCUAUGAAUGCAUUGGUGAGAACAAGUGCAAUCAUGUCCAAUGGUCCAUUCAUCCUCAAUCUCGACUGUGAUCACUAUGUUCACAACUCGUUAGCCCUAAGAGAAGGCAUGUGCUUCAUGCUUGAUCGAGGUGGAGACAAGAUAUGCUAUGUCCAGUUCCCGCAAAGGUUUGAAGGGAUCGAUCCCAGCGAUCGAUAUGCAAAUCACAACACCGUGUUCUUCGAUGUCAGCAUGAGAGCACUGGAUGGGUUGCAAGGCCCGAUGUAUGUUGGAACAGGCUGCAUUUUCAGGAGGACCGCUCUUUAUGGCUUUUCUCCACCCAGGACUACUGAGCACCAUGGAUGGUUUGGGAGAAGGAAGAUCAAGUUGUUAUUAAGGAAACCCAAGUCUUUGAGGAAGAAGAAGAAAGAUGAGGAUGAUGAUGAGAUUUCUCUGCAAAUCAAUGACGAUGAGAAUGAUGAUGGAGAGAUUGAGUCAUUGCUGUUGCCUAAAAGGUUUGGGAACUCUACAUCACUGACUUCAUCCAUUCCAGUGGCUGAAUACCAGGGGAGGCUGCUUCAGGAAUUGCAAGUGCAUGGGAGACCAGCCGGUUCACUUGCUGUCCCAAGGGAGCCACUGGAUGCUGCGACUGUUGCAGAAGCAAUCAGUGUGAUCUCGUGUUUCUACGAGGAUAAGACUGAAUGGGGAAAAAGAGUCGGCUGGAUCUAUGGCUCGGUGACAGAAGAUGUGGUGACUGGUUACAGAAUGCACAAUAGAGGGUGGAGGUCGAUUUACUGUGUGACCAAAAGGGAUGCAUUUAGAGGCACAGCUCCAAUCAACUUGACAGACAGGCUGCAUCAGGUUCUUCGAUGGGCAACCGGUUCGGUCGAAAUUUUCUUCUCGAGGAACAAUGCAUUGUUUGCUUCACACAGGAUGAAGUUCCUCCAGAGGGUUGCUUACUUCAAUGCUGGAAUGUACCCUUUCACGUCAUUCUUCCUAAUAAUCUACUGUGUUCUGCCAGCAUUGUCACUCUUCUCAGGCCAGUUCAUAGUGGCUUCCUUGAAUGUCACAUUCUUAAUCUACUUACUAGCAAUCACACUCACAUUGUGCAUGCUGGCACUCUUGGAGAUCAAGUGGUCGGGGAUAACACUCCAUGACUGGUGGAGGAACGAGCAGUUUUGGCUGAUCGGAGGAACGAGUGCUCAUCCUGCAGCAGUUUUGCAAGGUUUAUUGAAGGUGAUUGCAGGUGUGGACAUAUCAUUCACAUUGACAUCCAAAUCUUCAGCUGCUGAAGAAGGUGGGGAAGAUGAGUUUGCUGACCUGUAUGAGGUGAAAUGGAGCUUUCUGAUGGUGCCUCCAAUUACUAUCAUGAUGUUGAACAUGAUUGCGAUUGCAGUUGGGGUAGCCAGGACUCUGUACAGUCCGUUCCCACAGUGGAGCAGGCUGGUUGGUGGAGUGUUCUUCAGCUUCUGGGUUUUGUCGCAUCUCUACCCUUUUGCCAAAGGGUUGAUGGGGAGAAGGGGUAAAGUUCCAACCAUCAUCUAUGUUUGGUCUGGCUUGCUGUCUAUCAUCAUCUCCUUGUUGUGGGUUUAUAUCAGUCCUCCCUCUGGUGGUGCUCACCAGGAUUUUGAUAGUUCCUCGUUCCAGUUCCCUUGAUCUGUUAAAACAAGAGAACUAGAAUGUGGAAAGUAGAUAACAGUUUGGAGUAAGAGCAAGGGGAAAACAGCUCUCUGCAAGGGGAAAACAUGAAGCAUCUGAUUUCAUUUCAUUUUCCACCUAUUGUAUCCAGCCAGUUCUUUUCGAUGACCUAAAUUGAUAUUCAAUAGUAAUGAAAAUUUAGAUUGUCA